AAUCUAACCUGUGGAUGGCAGUAACACACUCAGAAGCGUUGAAACAUUUAGAAGAAGAAGAAAAAGAAACCAAUGGAAUUGACCCUCAUCUCAUUGGUUUGCCGUGUCUGUCAGCUAACUAAAAAACUAUUUUAUCGCGAAUAUUGUAGUGUAUGUGUCCCAUGAGCAGUGGACAAUGUCUACCCGGGCUCUGCGAAGGCUCAAAGGGAAACAGCGGGGUCAGGAGGCCUUGGACCUCGGGGAUCUAACUUUGGGUGACAGCCCGGAGGAGCAGCUGGACACGGCUAAUGUUUCUCCUCCGUCUAGCAGGAAAGGCAGUAGCCGAAAGGCAAAGAAAAACAAGGCUCAGAAAAGCUUCAGCAACAUUUAUGAAUUGAUAGGUGAUGCAGACAGCGAGGCAGAAAAAAUCUCAGUGGAUGAAGAGGCAGAGAAACCAGAUGGAAAUAAAACAAGUGGCCUGGAAAAGAAUGAUAACAAAGACAUUGAGAAACCAGAUCAAAACCAAUCGGAAGCGUCUACAAAGUCUUUGUCUGGAGACAGAGUUAAAAAGAAGAAGAAAAAGAAGAAGACAAAAGUGACAUCAGAAGAUGGACAGGCUGUACCAGAUGAUAACAUUGAUUUAUUGCUGGAGAACCUGGAGCAGUCCAGUGGUCUGAGUUUGCAAAAUGAGGAUUGCGGAGGCUCUGACAGAAAAUCUAUGCUACAUGUGGAGCACAGGAAUCUCAACCCAGAGACGGAGCUGAAGAGAUAUUUUGGGGCUCGAGCUGUUCAAGGGGAUCAAAGACCUCGACAGAGAAACAGACAGUUUCACCGUAGCACCUGGAUGACCAGUCCUAAGGACAGCUGGCCUCGCUUCAGCCGCCCAGGAAUCUCAAUGACCUUACUGCAGUCAAAGGAUGGCAUUCAGUACUUCACCUUUGAGCACAGUCGGGACUACCAACAAGUACAGUUCAAGUUCCUGGAUGCUGUCGAGUCCAUGGAUCCCAACAACAUUGUGGCCCUGCUACAGCUGAACCCCUACCACAUCGAUUCCUUGCUGCAGCUCUCCGAUGUAUGCCGCAUACAGGAGGAUCAGGAAAUGGCCAGGGACCUCAUCGAGAGGGCCUUGUACAGCUUUGAGUGCGCUUUUCACCCUUUAUUCAGUCUGACCGCAGGAACCAGCAGACUUGAUUAUCUGAGACCAGAGAACAGGGCAUUUUACCUGGCUCUUUAUAAGCACAUGAUGUACUUGGAGAAGAGAGGAUGCCCACGGACAGCUUUGGAGUACUGCAAACUGAUCCUGAGUUUGGACCCAGACUCCGACCCACUUUGCAUGCUCCUACUCAUUGAUUUCCUGGUGCUGCGUUCCAGAGAGUACCAGUCUCUUCUUCAAUUAUAUCAGGACUGGGAGGAGCACAGAAAUCUGUCCCAGCUGCCAAACUUUGCAUUCUCCACUGCACUUUGCCAUUUCCAUCUCAGUCAGCAGGAAGAUAUGGAUCCUGAAGAAAGUGACAAACAAAGACACAAAGCUGACCAGACACUGCAGAACGCUCUCAUCAUGUUCCCUGGAGUCUUGAUACCUCUACUUGAUCAGUGUACUGUGCAGCCAGAUGCCACAGUCACCUCACAUGCCUUCUUUGGCCCAAAGAGUCAGAUAGGGCAGCCCCCAGCCCUGGCUGAAUUGACUGCACUGUAUGUGGGGAGGACUUGCAGCCUGUGGAGGGAGGCAGCAGUAAUCCUGUGGUUGGAAGAGUCUGUGAAAGAGGUGCUGCGCCGAGUUGAUGCCAAAGACCCUCUAGUGGAGGACUGCCAAGACAAGAGAAAGCAAAGGUACCAGAGUGCCCCAAGGAACAUCCAUCGUCACGUCCUCCUCUCCGAGAUCAAAGAAGCCACAUCAAGUUUGCCUCUAGAGGUCACCAGUCAGCCUGUGAUGGGCUUUGACCCGCUGCCUCCACUGGACUCGGUGAUAUCGUAUACCCGACCAGAGAGGCAGUAUGUUGGUGCAUCCAAUGAGAGUACAUUGUCGCUGUUUUUCCGGUCUUUGCUGCCAAACUUCAACCUUCAGGGUGGACCGAGGCAGGAGGAUGACAUGGAAGUGGCUCGAGCUGGUCAGGAGCUGAACCAGGAAGUGAAUCGUCUAAUGGUGGCAAUGAGGGACAUGCUGGCAAACAUCAGGUUUCAAGAGCCACCAAGAGAGGACAACCCGUACAGAGAUGAGGAGGAAUGGGACUGAGAGAGGAGGGAGACCGAGGUGGAAUUUUAAGUGUGAGGAUGAAGAGGAAUCAAAUAGACAAAGAAACUUUAAAAACUUAAUGACAUUAAGAAAAAUGAAAAUAUUUAAUGGUGUUUACGAUAAUUAAGAAGAGAUGGAGUGUGACAACUGAAUAGUUUGUUUUUUUUAAAGUUGUUUUUUGUCACAAUUUCAGAGUACUAUAGUGAAAGGAAGCGAUGACUUGGUGUUACAAGCCUGUCCACUCCUCUGCUGGAGUACUCUGGGGCAAUCCACACAAUUGUGAACAUGGGGAACUUUUUUCCAGAGUCAGAAAACAGAUUGGUUAGUUGAUCCUGUCAUGUCACUGAAGUUGACGAUGUUAUUUAUAAUAAUUAAUCAUUUUGAAGUUCCAACAUCUCCUGUUGUCCGUUGAGCAGCACUAACACAUAAUGGCUGCUACUCUUCUUCCUCUGGUUUCUGGCUUCUGGAGAAUUUUUCCAUGUUCACAAUCAGUGGACUGCUUUAUGAAAUAAGAACAAAGUUGAAACAGUACACAUUGAAGAACACAUGGAAGUCCAUGUUAAUGUUCAGUGGCUUAAAAAUUGCAGAGGAGAAAACUGAAAGCUAAUUAAUCUUGUUGAACACACUUGUUGCUUUACUUGAACAUGGCAAUAUUUAAUUGAUAAAUUCUGAAAGCAUUUUUAAUCUGUUAAAUCUGUUUUUGCAAAUGGAAUAUUAAUUGCUUCUGUUCUGGGAUUUUGUGUUGGGAGUAGCACAUAUUCAGCAUUUCAGAGAAGCAUUUUCAAUGGGAUGCUAUAACCAUAAUCAUCUUCAGCAAGUUAAGCCCCUCCAUUUAGAUCUUUAUUUCAAAGAAACAGACUUGAGAUACUGAAAUACACCUGCCCAACCAGUUAAGAGAAAUUACAAUCCAUUUUUCAGAGAAGCAUUUUCGAUGGGAUGCUAUAACCAUAAUCAUCUUGUACAGAGUUUACUCUGAGAUAUAUAUAUAUAUAUAUAUAUAUAUAUAUA